AUGAAGUCCGAAAGAAUUGCACAAAUGGCAGAGGCCUACAUGAAACCCAAAUCGGACACUGCUAACGCCGAUCCGGUAGACCAACAGGUCCAUCAGCGACAAAAUAUGCUCGCAAAAAUGACUGAUAAAAUGCGCGAACAGGAAUUCAACAAUACCAAACGACUGGCGGAAAAAUCGAAACACAAAAUAAAAAGCUUACUUACUCAAUUGGGUUCAAACGAUUCCAUGCUAAGCUCAUUCUCGAGAAAGAUUGAAUCCGGUGCAAAAAUAGAACUGAUGAUGAAACGACGUUUGACUGCCACCUGUAUGGUUUUUCAUAACAUACGCGGGAAAAUGUGUUUUGAGUCAUCAGUGAAGGCAUGUCACCGCUUGCAAAACGUGCUCAGUUGGACUUUUGGCCUACCAAUCCUGAUCAAGCACCGGUGUAUUGGGCUGAUUGCUCAAGGUGCUGCGUGUCCCAACAGUGAGGCAAUUGAUGCCGCCGUGAAGGACUGCGGUGGUAGUGUAUCCAAAUUUGGAAUUGGUGCCGGUUUCGGUGCGAUGUUCUUUCAAGCCACUGAAAGUAUCACGGAACUCGGUGCAGCAUUUGCAAUGGAAUUACAAAUGCCAAAGCUCAAGCCACCCAAAAUGGUCAGUUGGGUGAAAGAGAAGAAGUCCACGAUGAAGGCAGUGAUGAGACACACACGAGAGACACUAACUAUGCUUUUGCGCAUCAGUAUGAUCGCGUCUGUUCUGCUCAAACUCUUGGCAUUAUUGGUGUUUCGUCAAGCCAGUAAGUAUAUUACAAACUACCUGAUCGAUAGUGAAUUUGACAACCUAUACGUGGAUACUGCAUUCGAAGCAAUCGACGCGAAGCGUCGAUCUGAGGGGAGAGAAACUAUAUUACCGCUUAAAGAUUUCGAGAAGAAGAAAGUAUUUUGGAGGCGAAAGGGUUAUACAAAAGCUGAGUUCACAAAAGCAUUCAUGACAAUAAUUAAAGUGCUCGGAAUCGGAAUUGCUUUGUCCGCAUUCUUUUUAAUUGAUGCAUUUAUGGCUGAUACAAUUGGUAUGUUGGACGCUGCCACUGCCGGAGAGAUCAAAGUUGGGAAAGGUUCCAGCACGAGUCACCAGGCAGCACCUACCGAUCCUGGAGUAAAUGUGCAAGGUGAUGGUAUUUUCUAUCAUAUGAUAAAGAAAACAACUGACGUGUUGGGGAAAAUCAGCAAGAUUCACUUAAACAUACGACUGAGUUUGUGCAGUCCAAAUGUACAAUACACUGACCCGUAUUAUUUUACACGUUUCAUCCUUAUUUGGGUUUUCAUGCUACUGGUGGCUCUCAGCUCCGGUUAUCUUCUGCGGGUGCGUCAUGUGAUAUUGAACUUUUUCUAUCCUCGUCGACGCCGGCGAAGAGCGAUCACUCUCUAUAAUCGUUUGCUGGUCGAUCGUCGUCGACACAUGACAGUCUGUCGCAACCUGAUUGUGCAUCAGGCGCGACAAGGUCAUCUGCAAGCAGAAGCACAGGAAAUAUCGGGCGAGAAGAUGUUGCAUAAUAUCAGUCCGUUCUUGGCCAAAUUGCUCGGACAUGAUCGAGUGAAAUGUCUGUUGUGCCUGAAUUCGGUUCGAUUGGGACGCGGUGUCUUCGUUUGUCCAUAUGAUGACACUUCCGUCUGUAUGGCGUGCAUGACAGUACUUUUUCAAGGUCACAGAACUUGUAUCACGUGUCUGGAUCGAAAUCCACAGCAACUGUUUCGGAUUCAACGGAAAAUACGAGAUAUUAAACAAUCAGUGAUCACAAACAUUGACUGA